AUGUAAUGUUCAAACCACCCUAGCCCAUUAUCAUCGAGUGACCUUGGCCAAAGGCUGAAUACUUCCAUACCCGAGUAAACGCAGUAGGCCGCUUCAACGGGAAAGAAUAGUACCCGGCGAUGGUCGCCAUUGUUUUCUCUCGUCGCUCUCUGACCGACGGUUGCCCUAGGUAGUGCGGCGGAGAAGCUUUCAAUGGCGUGCACGCGAUUAAUUUCUAGCUGAUUGCAACCCGGUCGCCAGAGUGCAGCCCGGUGAUGGAUAGUGAUGAGUAUAUUUCCAUACGCCGCUCCCGGAUCACAACGUGAGGGUGGUUAAGUUGACGGAAAAAUGCCCCGAAAGUUUGCCGGAAAUUUCUUUCAGUGUAAACCGUCAACGUCGUAAACAAGGAAGUUUGUCACAGCAACCUUGAUGGACAAGAUUCAAAUUUUGGUAAUUCUAAUUCUUCCAGCAUCGAACCACCCUAGCUGAACCGAUUUGAAGUGCACUAGCUUCCAUUUUUCGCUGUGUAUUAUAUAAAUUAUACCUGACCGGUGCUGAAUAUUCGAAGCACCACAUAUCGGGCGGUUCGACGGGGAGGGAAGGCAUCAAUUCAGAGUGUUGAUGCAGUGAUUAGCGAAUUUUCCGCAGGCCCCACCGCACACGCGGGCAUAGAUCAUUGUCUCUACAAUGACCGGGAGUUAGGGCAGCUUCCUCCCUACGGCUCAGUACGGAACUAGAAUCACGCGCGAGUGCAUCGAUCGAUCGACAGACGGAACAAUCGAGCGCGAGGAAAUGAGAACUGUGUCAGUGGAAAAGCUGCUCUGGUUGCUCAUCGCCUGCGGUUUCGCCACGGCCCAGGCGGAUAAUCCUCUGGCCAAGGAUGAAGAAGUGGUCAACGCAACUACGGUGAUCUUGGAGAACAUCUCAUCGGCUCAGGCAGCGAUCGAACCACUGAAAUCGGACGCGCCUACUACAGAUUACUUAAAACUAGGCGCCCAAGGUCUGGUGGAAUAUGUUUCGAAUUUAACCAGCAAAUUUACUCCAGUGUUCGAAAAGUUCGAAGAGAAUGAUCUUCAGCUGAUCCAGCAAAACCUUAUCGAAGCUAUCCGGUAUCUGAACGGGUAUGACGUCGUCAACAGCAUCACUUUGCUGCAAAACGUGGACUACAACCUGUACAACCAUAACCAGUUCCGGUCGAUCAACAGCGAUAUGAGAAUUGCAGCGAUUAGUCUAUCGGAGGCGAUGUUCGAUCAACGUGAUGUCACCCCCGCGCUAGAUGAUCUCGUCGCUACCUCCGACAAGCUGGUUGAACACGUUUCUCGCGUUUCCGAUGCAAUCCAGAAGGGAGAAGCCUGGACCUUGGAAACAACCAAUCGGGCUAUGGCCGCUCAACGCAGCUUCAACGAAUCGAUCGAUAACUAUCUCAACGCAUCGGCUACCCUGAUCGAAGAUGUUACCGAAUCGCUGAACAAUCUGCGUACCUACGAAGAAGAGCUGUAUCAAAAAAUGAAGGAAAAAAUCAAUAUGUUCCCUAAAUCUACCAUCAACUACUUCAUCGCACUAAAAAAAUCCCUCGAGAACAUGAUACAGAAGGUGAUGCUCAACUUCGAGAACCUCCGGCUUUACAAACACCGCGAAAUCGAACAAUGGAAGACGCGAUCGUUCAUAUCCGCUCCGAUGAGCUACAUGACUCAGGUAACGGUCCAGGUUUCCGCCGAUCCGAUGCUCUCGAACGAUUGCACCGAGGGCUACAUCGAAAAGCUGCUGGCUUUCCCGAACUUCACGAUGACUCAUGUGAACGCGUGCCUGCUGGAUCAGUCGGCGAACGAGGAGAAAACGUUCGAAACCGUCAACAGCGUCAUCGAGAACUUUGCCGUCAGUGCGAUCAAUGCAUCCUACGCGGCGUACGAUAUCUGCUUCCGGUACGCUCCGAAGAAAGUGGCCUACUGUUUGGAUUUGAAUGGGUUCGAGAAUACCUGGGCCAACGGACGUAUAUUCAUGGCGUCCAAGCAGAUUGAGUCGUUCAUCGACAGCGAGAUUCAAAGCAGCUUCAACACCUGCAUCGCUCAGAUCGGAUACUUCCUGAACUAUCACAACCUGCAGGAGAUGUGCUUCUACAAUAAGAAACGAAAUCGGCCACGUGGGCGUUGGUGAAUCAGAAGUGUGUGGAACCACACCGUUACCGUAUAUUUCUGUUAUUAUUUCGCUGUUGUUGUUAUUUAAUAAACAUGUACUAUUGACAGUUGGCUCG